GGGGGAGCUCCAGAGCUCAGCCUGGUCCCAGCCAGCCUCCGGGACCCAAGCAAAGCAAAGCAAACUGCUCGGCAGCGGGAGCCUUCGCUGGGGCCCCAAGCCCCGGCCAAGUUGCCGCUGCCUGCACAUCUGGCACCACUGGAACUCUGGCGCGCUACUAACUGGGGGCUAGGCUAAGCUGGACUUGACUGGACGGACGCAAGGACGGACCACUUCUCGCUGUCCCCUUCGCGUGCCCCCGGCCGGGCUCCGUUCUAGGAGCCCACCCCAUGACUGAGCACGGGAGCGGGAGAAAGGAAGGCGGACCCCCUGCCCACCUGCAGCCUUGGUGUCCCCGACAUGAUCCCCUACUUCUCCGCCAACGCGGUCAUCUCCCAGAAUGCCAUCAAUCAGCUCAUCAGCGAAAGUUUCCUCACUGUGAAAGGUGCAGCCCUCUUCUUGCCACGGGGAAAUGGGUCAUCCACACCAAGAAUCAGUCACAGGCGCAACAAGCAUGCAGGUGACCUUCAGCAGCACCUGCAGGCCAUGUUCAUACUGCUCCGCCCGGAAGACAACAUUAGGCUGGCUGUGAGACUGGAAAGCACAUACCAGAACCGCACUCGAUAUAUGGUGGUGGUUUCAACCAAUGGCAGACAAGACACUGAAGAAAGCAUCGUCCUUGGCAUGGAUUUCUCCUCUAAUGACAGUAGCACUUGUACCAUGGGUCUGGUCCUGCCUCUCUGGAGUGACACCCUUAUUCAUUUGGAUGGCGAUGGUGGGUUCAGCGUUUCCACAGAUAACAGAGUUCACAUAUUCAAGCCUGUGUCCGUGCAGGCAAUGUGGUCUGCGUUACAGAGUUUACAUAAGGCAUGCGAAGUGGCCAGGAGUCAUAACUAUUACCCGGGCAGCCUGUUUCUGACCUGGGUGAGUUACUAUGAGAGCCAUAUCAACUCCGACCAGUCAUCCGUCAACGAAUGGAAUGCCAUGCGAGACGUGCAGUCCCACCGGCCAGAUUCGCCUGCCCUCUUUACAGACAUCCCAACUGAACGAGAACGCACAGAGAGGUUAAUCAAGACCAAACUGAGGGAAAUUAUGAUGCAGAAGGACUUGGAAAACAUCACGUCCAAAGAGAUACGCACAGAGUUAGAAAUGCAGAUGGCAUGCAACCUGCGGGAGUUCAAAGAGUUCAUAGAUAAUGAGAUGAUCGUGAUCCUAGGACAGAUGGACAGCCCCACCCAAAUCUUUGAGCACGUGUUUCUGGGUUCAGAAUGGAAUGCCUCCAACUUGGAAGACUUACAGAACCGAGGGGUACGGUACAUCUUGAAUGUUACUCGGGAAAUAGAUAACUUCUUCCCAGGAGUCUUUGAGUAUCAUAAUAUCCGGGUAUAUGACGAGGAAGCCACAGACCUGCUGGCCUACUGGAAUGACACUUACAAAUUCAUCUCCAAAGCCAAGAAACAUGGCUCUAAAUGCCUCGUGCACUGCAAGAUGGGGGUGAGCCGGUCUGCCUCCACCGUGAUUGCUUAUGCUAUGAAGGAGUAUGGCUGGAACUUGGACCGUGCCUAUGACUACGUGAAGGAAAGGCGAACCGUCACCAAGCCCAACCCCAGCUUCAUGAGGCAGCUGGAGGAGUACCAAGGAAUCCUGCUGGCCAGCAAACAAAGGCACAAUAAGCUCUGGCGAUCUCACUCAGAUAGUGACCUCUCGGACCACCAUGAGCCAAUCUGCCAAUCAGGGAUGGAGCUUAACAGGAAGGAGAUUACCACUUCAGCAGACCAGAUCACAGAGGCAAAGACAGCGGAGAGCCACCCCCCAAUACCGCCUGUCUUUGUGGAGCACAGGCUCCCCCAAGAUGUGAACACUCAUGAACUGUGCACUAAAGAGAGAGUGAUCUGCUUAGAAUUUACAUCUAGAGAAUUCCAUACAGGACAAAUUGAGGAUGAAUUAAACCUCAAUAACAUGAAUGGGUGUUCAGCAGGGUGUUGCUUGAGCAAAUCCAAAUUUUCUCUUGACAAUUGCCACGCAUCAGAAGCCUUAAUCCAGCCUGAGAACCCCUUGGAGAUGCCCACCCAGUUCCCAGACUUAACCGUAGAAGAUCUAGAGACAGACGCACUAAAGACAGACGUCAGCCUCCAGUUACUCCCCAUGGAAGAGCUGACGUCUCGGUUGAGAGACCCGCCAGUGUCUCUAGACCCUGACUCGCCCAGCCCCCAGCCCAGCGCCCAGGCAGGGGCGUCAGACUUCUGUACUGACCGCAUCGAUUUCUUCAGUGCCCUUGAGAAGUUUGUGGAGCUCUCCCAGGAGACCCGCCCCCGCUCCUGCUCCCACUCCAGGGCUGAGGAAGCAGGCUUGGGGAGGAACGGCGGGGGCCGACUGGCCGUGUUGGAAACAGCCCCUUCCGAUGCAACCCCUGAUGGGCACGGAAGCAGCUCCUCAAGCAACACUCCACAUGUGUCAGGAGAGUCUUCCAUGGACGAAGACCAGCCAAAGGAUAUCUCUGAAGUGGUUAGCCCAGAGGACAUGAUGCAAUCCCACUCAGAAAAUGCCAUUUCAGUGAAAGAAAUUAUCACUGAAAUUGAAUCCAUCAAUCAAGGAAUUGGGCAGAGUCAGCAGAAGGUGGAUAUCCUGUCCAACCCAUGCCAAACACCAAAGAGAAGCACCAUCCAUGAGUUGCCACUCUUUGAGGCAACCUGGACCUCUGAGAGUAAACCUGUCCACCUGGACCACAAGGAGGGAGUAUGCCUAGCACAACCUGAACUGGCAAAGGGAGAUCAGGAAGCCAUGCUGGUUGCACCAGGCCCUCUGGAAGACUUAGAAGAAGGGGAUCUAACUGAGGAAGACCCAGAGUCACGAGGCCCAGGUCUGAACCCAGCGCCCAAAUGGUGCCCUGGGUCUGUGAGAAGGGCAACCUUGGAGUUUGAAGAACGAUUGAGACAGGAGCAAGAACACCACAGUGCUGCCCCCCUCUGCAUCCUGCCCACUAGAAAGAAUUCCAAGAAUGAUUCCACUGUGCCCGAUGGAACCCCAAGAGUCAAGAAUGAAGAGCCUGCCCCAGAACCUGCCACGGAGCCCAAGGAACAGGAACUGAGCAAGGCCAAAAUAAAAGACGCUAUGGCGGAGGCCAUCCCGUCCCAGCCUGACCAGAUGACUGACAGGCCGGCAUCCACGCUGGCAGAUGUUGGAGCAAAGCAGGGAGGGGUGUCCAAGGAGCCCCCAACAUCUAAGAAAAAGCCUUUUCUGGACCAUCUUCCCAAAAGGGUUGAAAUCAUUGAGUACACUCCCAUGGUGACAUCCCCUGACUUAACAUUUGACUUGGCUACAGCAGAAAAGAAUGGGGAGCCAGUGCUGAAGACAGUGAUGGUGGAGAAAUCCAUCACAGUGAUGUGUACUGUGGAUGAAAAUCUCAACACCACCCUGUGCCCAGAGCUUGCUUCUCUGCGUCCUCACGUGCUACCUCUGCUCAAUCCUGCAUCGCUUCAGCAUGACGGGGCUCCCCGAGCUGCCUUUGCCCUGGGCAGUCCUGAAGAAGAGGACUCCAGUCCCCCUUCUCCUGCAGGGAUGGCUUCUUUGGUGAGCCCUGUGGCUCACACACCAUCAUCGGGCUUGGACUACUCCCAUCCCCAAACUGUGUUUCACCUGGAGGGCGUGACCGAGGAAAGCAGCACCACGGACAGUGAGCUUUCCUCAGGGCCAAGCUGCUGUGCUGACCUUGGGCCACAGAGGGAAGGUGAGGCUGCUCCGGCCCAAUGGGUGGGCGAAGACCUCCGGGGGGUUGGCCACCUUGGCAAGAGCCACGAGACGUUGGACCCACCAGCAGCAUGUGGUCUCUCGCAUAGCUCCAGUAGUGACAGUCUCAAGAAUCUCUGCCAAAGUGCCCGGGUGGUAAGAAAGCUUUCAAAAGAAAUGGAGUUGCGCGUCCUCCGGCAAGCAGGGCUCACCAGACCGUCCCAGAUGAAGCGCUCAGCUUCUCUAGCCAGGCUGGGUCACCUGAAUCUGCAUAAAAAUGGUUUGUCUGAGGUAGAUUUGGGGUCUCCAGAAGCCUCUCCUAGCCUUCUCCAGCCCUUCAGGAUGGGCCCCGGUGGGCCCACCCCGGAAGAGCCCUCAGCGAGGCUCAGACCCAUUUCCCAACACCCAGAGCCCACCCCCUAUUGUAUAGAGCAAGUGAAAAUGGCGGAGUGUAUGGCGCAGAGCAAGCCCGUCGAGAGGCCUCUGGUGCAGUAUGCCAAAGAGUUGGGGUCAGCUCAGCAGUGUUUGCUUCCCAGUGCAGGACAUGAAUUGACUAGUUCUGGCGGGGGCCUUCCCUUGCCACGGAGACAGCAGGGAUCCGAUGCUCCGUGCCCAAGCCCAGGGCUAACAGUAACCGAGCAACCGCAGCAUGGGAGAACUCAGCCUCUUAGGAGACUCAAAAAGUCCAGCGACAAAAAGCGGACGACCAAUCCCUUCUAUAAUACCAUGUGAUCCGGAGCCCACCCAGGACUUUUCAAGGGAAAUCUGUGUUUGUAAAAGGGGCAGGUGUAAUAUGUAAGGAACAUGCACUUUAUUGGUUAAUUUUCUAUGUUUUGGUCAUUUUACUAUCGCUGGCGCAUGCAGGGUUUGGGUUUUCUGUGUGUGACAUGGACUGCAAGACCAUUUUAUCUUGGGGGGGGUUUGUUUUUUUGUUUUUUUAAAGAAACUCGGACAACCUCAAAAGAAGAAAAAACACCUCAUUUUCAAAGAACACCAUCAAAAGUGAAUUGCUGUUUUUCAGUCAGCUGCCCCUGCUUCUCUUCUCUCAGUCCAAGAUGAUGUGUGUGCCUCCAAGGCCAUGCAAGGCAAGGGGAGGGAAGGCAGAUGGAAGGAGGGGCAGGGGGAAGGAGAGGAAGGUGGACAUUGGUGAAGCCAACCUAAGGGCCUUUCUCCACAUGAGUCACGUGCCCUGGGCUGGGAGAUACCAUCAAAUGAACAGGUGGCUUCUUCUUGGAUCUAAAAAGGGGCAUUCACAUAGACUCAGUUUCUCCCCAAGCUAGGAUGGGCCAAUGGCAGGAUUUAUCGAUUUGUUAAGCAGCUUCUUGUGGCACCAGAACAAACUCAGUAAAAGGCCUCCCGGGGUGGAGAGGUCAGGAGGCAACCCCCUCCUGACCCCAUCUAGCGAACCUGCCUGUCCUUUCUGUGAGAUGGGUGAUGCCUCCCAUCCCUUGCUUAAUCCUUGAGAAAAAUGUUUUCAGCAGAAAAGAUGGUGAAAAACAGCAACCGGAAGAUGAAGUGUUCUUUUAAAAUGAACGGGCUGUAGGGGUUUAACCCUUUCAUUACUUGAAUACUGCUGUGGGCCUUCUGAGUUCAAUGGCCGCGUGUUUCCCCACAAUUGAGUUUUCUUCCCCAUGCCGUUUUUCCUCUGAUGCUGCCUAUGUUUUGUGGGUAUUUUUUUAAUUAUUUCAUAGGAGACAUCUGAAUUGUUACAUUAUAUUUGUAUAGCCUCCAUCAAAUGCAAAGCUUUCUUUUCUGUGUUGUCCCUGUUAACACUUGACGAAAGGUAUUUUUCCUUUCCUGGAAGUUUUGUUGGUUUCCUAAGUUGUAUAUACAAUAUUUAUGUAGAUAAUUUUGUUAUUUUCUUAUGGUUUGUUUUGUUUUUUGGGUUUUUUUGCGUGUGCGUAUGUGUUUUUGGUUUGGUUUGGUUUUGCUUAGAAUGGAGCAAGACUGUGGUCUUUAACUGGAAAAUGUCCACAAAGACACCAUGUCAGAGUAGCUCUGUGGGUGUCGGUGGGGGUCUGCACAUGUGUUUAAGGAAGACCUUGAGUCACCACCACCAAAAUUCUGCCAAAUGAUGGAGCAUCCACUUUCUCUUCGGAGAAGCCCCCAAGGCCUUAAGCACUGAGAUCCCAGAAGGCCAAGUUUGCCAGGAGCUGAACGAUAGCCAGAGAGAAUUGUCAGACUAUUACCACCCAGUGUUUAAAGUCCUAAUGGAGGCUGGGAGCUGAGGGCAGUGGGAGAGAGCCUCAGGGAGCAUGAGCUCACUUGCUGUUAACUCCAUUUAGGCCGCAGCCUGGCCAGCCAUCAGGACAGCUGCUGUGGGCAUGAAUAGGUACCCUCUCCUCCCUUCUUCAGCAGCCUUGUGUGAAUCCCUAUCCUAGUUCCUUCUAAACUUAAUUUGCCCAGCAGGAUAGAUCCAAAGUGAGGGGACUCACAAAUCACCUUCUUGCCUUUGUCUUAGUUGAAGUCCCCAUUGUGGAAGGAUUGACUGAGUCCAGCCCUUGAGAGCAAAGCCGUCCAGUGGCAUUGAAAGUACUUAUGGUGACCUGAAGUUAGGAGGAGAGAGGCACCGGGGGCGGGUGGGACUAGGGAGGUUACUGGACCCUGUGGCAGAGCUGUUAAUCCAGCUGUCUCUUGGGAGCCGUGUUGGUCACUUUAAAUAACUGCCAGGGGCCAUGGCUCCUAAGGAUGUCUUUGUAGUCUGUGGACUUCGUUGUAACUGCACUCAUCCAAUUUCUUUCAAUGUUCAAACAGGUGACAUCCCUCCGGGACUUUGUGAUUCAUCUCAUGUGAUUCCUGGAUAUUUACUGGGUUGCAAAAUGGUCUUUAAUGGUGCCUGUCUGUGUGCGGAGGCCAGGGAGGAGAGGGCUUGUGUUUGCAGGACUCACACAGUGCCCGAUGUCCAAUUAUUCCAUUAAAACUAUGCAGUCUUAACAUUGAGGGCCUACGCACCACGAGUGUGAUUACAAGGAAAGAGCCAGGCAGGUCAUAAGGGACAAGAAACAGAGAGACAGAGAGAGCAGUGAGACGGGAUGAGAGGAAUCCACUUGUCAUUAACCCCUUGGGAUAACUGUAUCCCAGAUCACAAAAAGCAAAAGCAAUAGAUACCAUAUUGCAAGUCUUUUUAACUCUCCUCUCUUUAUAGCCAAGGAGCCUCUUGCUAUAGAAAUACAGAAGAAAGAACAAUCUCGAGGUGGGGACUCAUAAUGCUGUGAACCCACAUUUUGGGUAGAGGAGUGGUGGACAGGGCCCCAGGGUUACCUUCUGGUUUGCUGGCCAAUUUGUUGUUUGUGCUUUGAUUUUGUGGAGGGACUAAGCGUCGCCUUCUUUAGGGUUUCUCACUCAGACGUGCCACUCGGUUUUUCCAGAGGCCCAUCCGUCCCACUGGGAAAUUCUCAUCUCAUGACAUGGCUGAGCAGGAGCUCUCCCCAAAGACUGUGCUGGACCAACCCCAUGGAGGUCUGUGAACAGUUGUAUGUUAGGUGGGACUUGUUAUACCUUUAUCUCUUCCAAACUACAAUACCCUUUUUUGGACCUGGAAGGGCUCCCUUUCUCCCCAUGGGCAGAUUGGCAGAGCUGGGUAGAGCUGGCCUCUCCAGCCCCAUUUUUCCACAGUGGCUUUCUCUUUUCUGUGACUAUCUAAAAUUAAUCAAAUUCACCUUUAAAAAACAACAACCAAUAACUGGAACCAUCUUUCCUACACUGGCUGACAUGUAUCUGGAAUCCAGGGGGCCUCCUAGGAGCAGGCAGAGGCCUUGAGCUGUGCCUGAAAUCUUUUGAGUUUUGGAAAGACUAAGAAAUGAGAAUGAUCAAGAUGGUGUAGGGUUUAGUCCUCUAUUCUGUGGCCUUUAAGAUUCAGAAAGGAAGCAGCCCCGGCCUCCUUGCUCUUCAGCCCUGCCUAAUUCUGUCUUUCUUCCCAACGGUUCUUGGGCUUCUUGACAUCCUGUGUGGAGGCAGUUGGAAGGAGCUGGAGUUUCUUCAGGAUCUCUCUGAGAAAAGACAGUUCCUGGAACGUAGCAGAAUUUGAGAAAUCCUCACCUCCUCCAUUGGGAGUUUCAGGUCCAAAGUAACACGGGGUCAGAGUUACCUGAGAGAAGCCUCAAGGAGUAACCCACUAAGCAAAAAGAGGUCGUGUUCUUAAGGGCAUUUUCUUUUUGUACAAAGCUGUUUUUCAGCUGUUUUAGGAACCUGCUCAAGGACCCUUUAUUGUUUACAUUGUGAAUAUGAAAACGUGUAUUCUGUCCCACUGUGCUGUUUCCCUUGGCCCCACGUCACCCAGCAGUGACUGUCCUGUAAGUCACGGCAUGUCCUGUGAGUCCUUGCACAAAAACCGUGCCUCCGCCAUAAGGGUCAGUCCUCACGGAUAAGUGUGUGGAGCCUGGAACUGAUUUUUUUCCCCUUUGUGUCCUGCUGCACUCCAGUCCCAGUGUGCUGUAUAGAAAAUAGUCCAUCAGUCCCUCAGUGGUGGUAUCUGUUUAUAGUGAUGGUUGUGAUGGUGAGUGGCCGGUGUCUUUUUUUUUUUUCCUUUUUUUUUAAUUUGGUCAUUCUUUGGUGUGGUGGACAAGGUGAGAUUCCUAGCUGUUUGUUUCAGCACCAAUCCAGCUGAAAAGCAGUUUGGGCUUUAUUGUUCCUUCCACAUUGCAACUAUGAUCAGCCCUGCUUGCUGGCCCAGUGUGGCCAAACUGGCUCUCGCUUGGCUGACACAAUACCCAUUUGAGGGACUUUGGGGCGGGAAGCUGCACGCUUACCCCCACCUCAUUCCCCCCAUGUUUUGGGGGGGAAGCAAUUUAAAGGUGCUUUUGUAUUUUCCCAGCCUGAAAGAGGAGGAUUGAGUCCACCUCUGACUUUGGAAAGAGAGCCAACUACUUUCUCAGAGAUCGAGGACAGGAUGCCCAGACUGGGUCUAUCUUUCAGCUCAAAGAAGCCCCUAAAAGGCAUCUCUGCUGCCUCACCCAACUUUAUGGUGAUAGGAAACAGCAACUUGAGGCUGUUGAUGAAGACCCGAUGCCUGCCUUUUUCUCCACGUUUCCAGGGCACCAACCAGAACCUGGGCCAUGUGGCCCAGAAAUGGUUCCCAACCAAUAUGCACCCAGAGUGUUUCUGGUUUCUGUCUUUCUCAUUGGCUUUUGGUUUCCUUGGCAAAGCCCAUGUUGGCCGUGCCUUUUCUCCUUUCUUCAAAUGUGACAGAAGUGUAGGAAUUGUUCUGAAUGUGGAAAUCCAGCCCCCGGAAGACCUUCUUCUUCUUACAUCCCCCAGUACCCCACCCAUCCACACCUUUGUGUGCGUGUGUGUUCUUUUCAAUAAAGCAGGUGCUCCCUGCAGUCUCUGGGACCUUUCCGAGUUGGUGAAAGCCGAGCAUAAAAGCCGCUGGCCUUGUUUCCCCUCCUUGAUCUCCCCCGGUGGUUGGGACGGCCCACCUGUACCAUAGAUUUUUAUUACCGAUGUGCUCCGCUGUUUUUAAAUGUGAACUUGUGCACUUGAUGUGCAGAUUCAAUGUUCUUGUUACAGAUUGAAUAAAUUUUUAUUUUGAA